CGCUGUCUUCUUGUAACCUCUCUCUCUCCAGUCAUCUCACCCCAGCCCGGAUCAGACACACCUGGACGAAGCCAACAUGAAAUUGACGCAGCUUGUAGUAUCCUGGACGGUGCUGGUGGGCUCAGCCCUCGCUCAAAACCCCGACCCCUUGACCUUCACCCAGAUCAACAGGGUCUGCGAGAAUGAUCGUCUGCUCCGGGCAGUUCGCUUCCGCGAGGCUGUCAACCAGGACUGGCUCGACGCGGUGCGAUACUGCUCCUCUCUUGUUUAUGCCCGGACCAGGACCUCAACCAUCACGCUGAGCUUCGACCUGGCUAGCUUUGGAGUGCAAAGGGAGACUAUUUCGACUACAGAAACCACGACUCUCCCUGAUGUCCGGGUGACCAGCACCACCAGCACCACCACGACUUCUUCCACCACCACCACAAGCACGUCGGCUACUUCGACACUGGUCUGCGGCGGAGUCCACGUUGUCGCGGCUGGGGAUACAUGUUACUCGAUCUACUCGGCGUAUGGCCUCACCUUCAGCCAGCUGCGGGACCUCAACCCCGGCAUCAACCGGUUCUGCAGCAACCUUGUGUUGGGUGCGCGUCUGUGUGUGGGCGUCCUCUUGAACGGAGGCAACCCAUCUACCACGACGACGACCACCACCACAACGUCCACUUCGGGAACCAUCACCUCCUCGCCAACCUUUUUCAUUCCCAAGGCCAAGCGCAGUGACGCGCCCGAGGCCGAGUACUGCGCAGAAGGAGAGGCGCCUGCUGUUGCGCGGCCAGCUGUCUGGGAGGCCGAGCCGGUCAAUCGGGUCAACUACGCCUGCUCCUGUAUCAUGUGGAGAGACGUGUCGGUCCACCCGAUCCAGACGGUCCUCAUCUCUCCCACAGCCUUCCGUGUGUCGGUUUUCAACACAGCCGAUCCUACAGGGACCACCACGACCCGGUCCAUCAGCGUUAUCACAGCGUACAGCACCAUCACGGUCGACGUCUUCACUGGCACCACGGCGACACCCAGCACCUCGAUCACCACGUCCACUUCGACCUCGACCACCAGCAACGUCACCUUUACCACGCUGCCCAUCGUGACUGCAUUCCGUUCCUUCCAGUGCAAUGUCGGCGACGCUUUUGCCCAGUGCUGUGUCGCCGGUGGCUUGUUGGGUGGACUUAUCGGUCUCGGAUGCGAUGGUGAAUUCGUGCUCAGCCACGCGCCGUGCCCAGCUACCCAAGCCGUCCCUCUUUGCUGCAGUGAGCUGCAGCCCGGCGAUGGCGGAUCGACGACAGGUUCCGACUGCUACCUGCCCACCCCAGUCAUCAACGGUCGUGCCGCCCUUCCCACACCGUGGUAG